CCCUGGGGAAGCGAAAAGGGAGCCGACACUGGUGCAGCAAAGGGUGCAGGGCUGUGGUGGGCCCCCGUGGAGUUCCCAGAGGCAGGCGGAGGGCAGAGAGGUGUAGUGCCCAAGCCACCCUAGAGCAGAGGGAGCAGCGUCCAGCAAGCAAACGCGCGCCCUCGGAGACUUGCCGAGGGACAGAGAAUCCUGCAAUUCUUUCCUCACUUCAAUUUCUGUUGCUAUGGAGACUACCAAUGGGACUGAGACCUGGUAUGAAAGCCUGCAUGCUGUGCUAAAGGCUCUAAAUACCACGCUUCACAACAACUUGCUCUGCCGACCAGGACCAGAUCCAGAGCUAAGACCAAGGCUAGAUGACCAGACUGAGGAGCGAAGGUCCAGCCUCCCUGGCCGUGAUGACAACUCCUACAUGUAUAUUCUCUUUGUCAUGUUCCUAUUUGCUGUCACUGUGGGAAGCCUCAUCCUGGGAUACACUCGUUCCCGAAAAGUGGACAAGCGUAGUGACCCUUAUCAUGUGUACAUCAAGAACCGUGUGUCUAUGAUCUGAUGCAAGGUGGCCAGGGAUGGUAGAAGAUCAAGACACUUAAAGAUUGUCAGGUGAGGCCUCCAGAACUCUGCUAUGGACUACAACAGACCUCGGUUCUCUAAGAAACAGUGAGCUAAGUGAAGUCAUAGUUGGGUGAGACAGGAGGAGCUGGCAGACCUGGACCUGGUGGAUAAGGCUUUUUACAGGCAAAGACAGACUUUAUAAACAGUGGGAACCCAUAAACAAACAAAUAGAAGUAUGAAAAGAUAAUGCCUAGUGAUUGGUCCAGUGGCUGUGGUACUUGAAGUUGGAAGUUGAAGGAAGCAAAGACGAAGCUGCAGCAGAGGAAAAUGAAAAAGGAAGAUGCUCUGGGGACACGUUUUUUGUUGUUAUUGCUGCUGCUGUUGUAGUUGUUGUUAACAUCAACAAACAUGAGAUCACUCCAUAUCACAGUAGUAAAUCUGAAUAAUAUUACUUAUAUUAAUUCACAUUUUACAAUUUUAAAACAUAUUUCACAGUUGUGAUUUUACUUUCCCUUCAAAGAAAGUAAAGCAAAUGCCAUUUGGGCCAGAGUGGUGCCAUGAUUAGUUCUUGAUUAGAACUCAAGAGCUCUGGUCUCCUUGCCUAGAACUUUUCAAAACUCAGGACCACAAAGGUAUGAAUCCAGAUCUGAAGCCUACACAAUUCUAGGAAUUCUUCUUAAGAAAAAGAAUUCAUAAUUAUCUUGCUUUUUCAAAUAUUACAAUAAUGUGUCAUCAUUUAAAACGUGGCUGGGGCCCUUCCUAGAACCAUAGGAAGGAACCUGUACAAGUGCAGGGCCCUGAAUAUUAAGUCUUAUUAACUCUAUAAUCUAUUGUCUCUUGAGCCAUGUCCCAGUGCCCUUUGCAGCCAUAUCUGUAGUCAUGAGGUUUACACUACCUCCAAAGCAGCAUUUUCUACUUUGAUUGAAUUCUGUGAGAAGUUGAAAUCUGCCUUGAGAAAAUUAUUGCCAUAUCUAGGUGAUCAUCAUAUUAAAAGAUACAGAGUAUGAUAGGCAAAGUUCAUGGUUCAGUAGGAGAGCCAGCCCUGACUCUGGCACUAAUGUGUAUAACCUCAGCCUGGACACCUCUCUGGUUCUUUUUCUUAUUUACAUAAUUAAAUAAUUAGACUUGAAAGUCUUCAAGGGAGUCUAUCAGUUCUGACAUUCAUAUACAUUAGCUUGAACCAUAUGUUUAUAGGUCAAAGAUAAUGGAAUAGUUUCACAUGGUUCAAUCUAAUUCAUGCAACGUGAGAAUGAAUACUUUACAAGUCAUUUCCCCAAGUCCCAGACUGGAACUACCCACUGUUUUGUUUGUCUGAUUUCAUUUUAUGAGAUCUCUAUGUUGUCCCCAGCAGGCCUCGUUAUAACAUACAUAUCUGUACAGAGCAAAACUUUGAAAGAAUAUUUUCAUAGCAGUUAUCUAUGUGGAAUAGGGUUAUGUGUGAUUUCCCCUUUCUACUUUAUACAUGUAUGUAACAUCUGACUUAUCUGACCAUAAGUAUAUGACUUGUAUAAUGGGGGGAAAGCUACUUCCACUUUGAAAUAAAAAUAG